UCCUCCUUGUGAAAAAAAGGAAGUGCUGAGAACAAUUGGUUUUCUAUGGGGGACCGUGGACUUUCAUCAGUUGAAUUUUCAGAUCCACCAAACACAAAAAAAUAAUCGAAUUAAACUCACCGAAACACGUAGAGUCGUAGACACAGAUAGCAGAAAGAUAGGGAAAAAAAAAGGUUGAAACAUUUUGAGUUUUUGGGAACACACGGAGACAGAAAGGAAAAGACAGAGAAGAAAAGUCAGAACUGUCGCAAGAUUAGAGAAAUAUUGAAGAUUGAAGAUUGAAGCUUAGAUCAAUUUUGUACUUUUAGACCGUAGUAGUUACUUAUUGGAUGGUUGGUGGUGGUGGAAAUGGAGAGAGACCGCCGUGGAAGGCGGCAAAUAGUGGCGGCGGCGUGGAGGAGCAGCCACCACAGAGACCGAGCAUCACUCUGCCGACACGUGGCGGUGGUGGUGGUUCCAUGGAGAGUCUUUUCGGCGGCGGUUUCAGCCCUGGUCCGAUGACACUAAUCUCAAGCUUCUUCGGCGGCGACGAUGGCAAUAAGUCGUUCUCUCAGCUUCUCGCCGGAGCCAUGGCAUCUCCAACGGCGGCGGCGGGGCCCAGUGGCCUGAUUGAUUCUCCUUCUGCCUUGUUUUCAUCUUCUCAGGUUCCCCUAGGACAUCAGCAGGCAUUAUUAGCACAGGUCACUAGUCAAGGAACACAACUACACUCAAGUAUGCAAGUCCAACCUCAAGAUUCACUGCAAACAAUGUCUGCUACUACGUCAUUCGCACAAGUUCAUGCUGCAAACACUUCCAACAACAAUACUAAUCCACACAUGGUAGAGCCUUCUUCUUCCUCAUUGAAUGUCGAUAAGCCUGCUGAUGAUGGCUACAAUUGGAGAAAAUAUGGCCAGAAACAGGUGAAGGGUAGUGAGUUUCCUAGGAGUUACUACAAGUGCACUCAUGCAAGUUGUCCUGUGAAGAAGAAAGUUGAGAGGUCAUUAAAUGGACACAUUACUGCAAUUAUAUAUAAAGGAGAGCACAAUCACCAGCGUCCGAAUAGGCGCUCGAAAGAUGCUGCCAUGGCAUCGAGUGAAGGCUCAAACAUGCAGGGGAAUGCUGAUUAUCAUCAUGAUCAUGGUACAAGUGCUAAUCACCCUAGAAUGGAUGCAGAAUCUAGUCAGGCUACAGGUGAACACCUUUCUGGAACAAGUGAUAGUGAGGAAGUAGGUGAUCAUGAAAAUGAGGUGGAUGACAAAAUUGUUGAGCCUGAUCCCAAGAGGAGAAAUACAGAGGUGACACACUCAGAUCCAGAUUCUUCACAUAGGACAGUCACAGAGCCAAGAAUCAUUGUGCAAACAACAAGCGAAGUUGAUCUCUUAGACGAUGGCUAUAGAUGGCGAAAGUAUGGACAAAAAGUUGUCAAAGGAAAUCCAUAUCCUAGGAGCUAUUACAAAUGUACAACACCAGGUUGUAAUGUUAGGAAGCAUGUUGAGAGAGCUUCAACAGACCCUAAAGCUGUCAUAACAACAUAUGAAGGAAAGCAUAACCAUGAUGUACCAGCAGCUAAGAUUAAUAGCCACACUAUUGCCAACAAUAGUUCAUCACAGUUUAAAUCACAAAAUAGUAAUAUACCUCAGAUGCAUGGUUUUGGAAGCAAAGGUAUUGGGGUCAAUGAGCAACAGCAACAGCCUGUGGCGCGUCUAAGGCUGAAGGAAGAGCAGAUAACAUAGGUCCUUAUUUGAUAACCAUUUCAAGACAGAAAUACAGAAACCACCACACAAUACAUAAACAGGCGAAAUGUCACUGUCUUUGGAGAAAAGUUAUCUAAUUUUUUAUUUACUUAGAAACCAAUAAUAGUAAGGGUAGAAAUAGAGACAAUUUUAUUUUGUUUUGUCUAUGUUGUUGUAAUUUUUGUUUUGAGACGCUUACCAAACAGUUUUUAAGAUUGGAUGGAAAAUAGUAUCUUCGCAUUCACAUUA